GCGUAUAUCCGUUUAACCAUAGGCAUAUUUUCAAAUUAUUGAACAACUUUAACAAGGCAGAGAUGCCUGGAAAUACGGGCUAUGUCGAUCCUCGGAAUUUUGUUGUUAUAGAGCCUCUUCCAAUUCCUAGUCAAAAGGGAAUAAAAAUCCAAGCCAGAAGUUCUACUCAUUUUACUUCCUGUGAGCCAUGCAGAGAGGAGGUUUUUAGGGCUACCUACCAACGCAGACAGAAACAACUCUCUCAACAGGGAUAUCAUUCUCCCUGUUACAAGCCCUAUGAAGAUGUCGGACAUCCUAUUUUUCUGGAGGCCAAGAAACUAAUUCUUCAUUCUUUAGGACAAGAUCAGCUGGAAACUAAAGCAGAAUAUCCUGCUGGUGAGAGAGACACAGAAGACACACAAUGCGAUAUUUCAUCAAAAGUACCCGAGUUCAAAAAGCCUGAACCAUCAGUGACCUCUCUGUAUCUAAAGCACAGAAAAAAGGAUGCCAGCUGUUUUAACAGAGAAAUGCAACAUACCAAGCAGCUGGUCAAUAGUGUGCGGCAAGGUCGGGGAUACUUUUACCUUCUACAUAACGAAGAGGAAUUACAAAAAUCUGAACAAGUGAAAAAGCGGCUAUUGCAAGAAAAAGUCAGGACUGAACCACUACCAUUCAGAGACUUUGCAGAGGAAAGCUCGGGGGACGAGCAAGAUGAGCACAAACACACAGAUAAAACAAGGUUCUUCAUUACAGAAGUUGCAGCGCAGCAGAAAGAAAAUAAGCCAAUCAGACGCCCAUUCACUCCUGUCCACAACAGCCUGUUCUCCACAAAUGGACUUAACGAAGACCCUGAAUCCCUUUUUCGGCAGCUGUGUGUACUUCAUUGGCUUUUAGAAUCGCUUAUCUUGGAACCUUCUAGUAACAUGAGGCCUGUGUCAACCUGUUGGAAUAUAAGAGAUCCUGGUGGCUGUAAAACUUCAUUAAAAAGAAUCAAUCGAGAGAAGGAAAUAGAAAUGAAAUGGGAGCAGUUUAUCAUGCCAGGGAAGAGUAAGAAAGUUGUCCCAAAGGGAAUUCGUGGCCACAAUCAACGACCACGUAAGGCAUCCUUUCUCAGUAUCUCUCGUUUUAGUGUGCCAUCAUCAACUCUCACACCAUCCAUGGGCAGUGUAUCCUCCCUCAUUCCAAACUCAGAUGAGACCUCUGCGGGGGGAGCUACAGCAUCAGAUGCUCUUCGAGAGGGUGGAGAAGAUUCUGAAUCCGCUGCAAACAGUUCUAUUCGCAUCCAUGACAAAUUAAACAAAGAGGAGGAAGAAGAGGCACUGUCUGACUACAUGCAGAAGUUGCUUGAAAUGAUUGCAGAGAAUGUGAACAAGGAAUUAGAUGAGGAAGAAAGUCAUACAAAGCACAAGCUGAUAAGUGUUCCAUCUGCCACUCAGAUCAAGGUAGCCUUGGCUGCAGAAGAUCAAGGAGGUACUAAGGGCAUUAAACAGAGACCCAAAAGCUCGCCUGCUCCCAGCUUGUCUCCAACUAGUGUCUUCAUUAAGAGAAAAUUAACUGGGCUCUCAGAGAUGAGAAAGGUGUUCUUUGAAGUCGCUGUAGAGGCAGAUAUGCACUUACAUGAUAAGGUGGAAGCUGUCGAAAGGAGACGCCAUGAAUUCAGCAUUCAGAAAUAUCGAUCUUUAGACACUAUUAGCCACUUCCACCAAGAUCUUGAGAAAAUGCGGACAUCAUAUCAACAUGUGAAAGAAGAGAAGGAUUACACAGACACAAGCAACUGGUUUGUAGUUUUGCUCUCUAGAAUUCCACCAGUUUUAAAGAAGAACCAAAAUAUCCAGAAAAUCCUUAGGAAGCUUGAAAAACUAGAAGAGAAGCAAUUUAUCAGGUUGCGUCCAAUCACCUUCUUUAAAGUCUUGAGUGGACUUCGCAUUUGGGAGCUUUGUGCUCCUGACAUCAGUGUGGCUGUAGAGUUUGUGAGGGAACAUCUAGUACGGAUGCCCCUUGAAGAAUACACUGCUUGGCUUCAGACACGGCUCACUUCACCACCACCAAAAAGAGCCCAGAGUGCCCCUUCAGCAAGAUAAUUAAAUUAACUGUAUUUUUUUUUUUCUUUAUUUUGUACUGUGUAACAUUUAUUUAAUAUUAGCACAAUAACAACAAUUUGUUUCUUUAUUUUAUAUGUUCAUUAGUGUAUUUUCAGCCUGAUGUCCAUUUCAGUAAUAACUACAUCAUACACAUGGCUCUCCUUGCAUUAUGGUUGGCUGGGUGUAUUUUUCCAGGGCACUAGAUAC